UUUUAUUGUCUGCACUGCCACCGAGACGAAGGAGCCCACAUGGGUGGUGGAUCAACGAUGAAGGUUCAUCUUGCUUUUGUAGCAUUUAUAAUGGCAAAAGCUCUUCUGUGUUCUUCCAUGGAUGCUUCUUCUUCUUCUUCCUUGAGAAUAAUGGAUACUUCUAGGGCUGUUCUGAUAAGGGUUGAUCAGUCUGGAAAAGGAGAUUAUCAGAAGAUACAGGACGCCAUCGAUGCUAAUUGUUUGAUACUUCGCAUAGAGAAGAUUGUUGUGCCGGCGGACAAGCCUUUCAUAACAGUGAGCGGAACGGAUGCCUCCAACACCAUAAUCACUUGGAGUGAGGGUGGCGACAUCCAUGAUUCUUCUGCGUUCACCGUCUUUGCUUCUGAUUUUGUUGGCCGAUAUCUCACUAUUCAGUUGGUUUGGCCUGACCAACUUUUAUAUGAAAGUUUUAGAAGAAACCGACUUCUUGGAGGAAGUUGGUCAGGAACAAAACACAAGGAGAACCAAGCGAAACAAGGAGCAAAUGGCGGAGAAGGCCAAGGCAGAGGAAGAAUUGAAGAAGAAGAGAGGUGGAGGGGGAGAAGGAAAUUGAAAGAAAAAAGAAGGAUGCAAGAGGUGGAGGGGGCAGAGGGAAGUCGAUUCAGCAGUUCAGUCACGACAAACUUAGCUAAAAGUGACUUUUGGAUAGAAGUUGAUUUUAACACGUUUGGGACAAGUGGAAUAGCCACAGCAUUAAGGGUGGCAGGAGAUAGAGCAGCAUUCUACAAUUGCAGAAUACUCUCUUUCCAGGAUACUCUCCUUGACGAGUUGGGAAGACACUACUUCAGUAACUGCUACAUUGAAGGAGGCACCGAUUUUAUCUGUGGCGACGCUGCAUCCCUUUAUGAAAGAUGCCACCUGCACUCCAUCUCCCCGGGGGAUGGAGCAAUUACAGCUCAACACAGAGAAUCACCAUUGGAAAAUACGGGGUUCGUCUUCCUCGGCUGCAAGAUUACGGGCUUGGCAACUGCCUACCUUGGAAGGCCAUGGGGCGCUUACUCAAGGGUCGUCUUUGCCUAUUCCUCUCUCUCCAGCCACGGUGUACUAUGGAGAAUACAAGUGUUAUGGUCCGGGGGCGAAGAGAACCAGAAGGGUAGAAUGGUCAAAAAGCCUGUCAAGCCAGGAGGUGUCACCCUUCUUGUCCAAGGCCAUGAUUGGGGGGAGAGGUUGGCUUAG